CAGCCCCGGAAGUAGCUGCAGGGAAGCGCAGGAAAGCCGCCGGAAGUGAGUUCACGAGCUCCUUCCGCCAGCCCCGGUUCGGUGACACCGCCCGGCCCGGCUCCUGAUUGGUGGCUGGGGGUUUGGCGCCGGCUGCAGCAUGUCGGCGCCGCUGCGGAGGCUCCGCGAAACCCCGCGGCACCUGCUGGUCUGCGAGAGGAGCCACGUGCGGCAUGAGCGCUCCCGCCACGCCGCGCGCGUGCGGGGCCACGCCUACAACUGCCGCGUGUCAUUUUUGAUUCCUGAAUGUGGCAUGCUUCCAGAACCUCUGAAAAGUGUUACCGCAGAUAUGGGAGAGUACUACCUGGUGAAGAAUUUACCCCUUCAUGAAUUGGUUGCACAGGAAUUUAUCAGUGCAUUUGUAAAGACAGGUUCAUGCUAUGCUCUUACAUACAACACAAGAAUUGAUCAAGAUAAUACUGCUGCUCUACUACCAACGGGAAAACUAAUUAUAUCUGUGGACAAGGAUACUUAUGAGGAACUUGGACUACAGGGUCAUCCAUCUCGGUACUCUGGCAAAAAAGUAAUGAGAUAUAUUAUAACCAUUGACUUGACUGACUCAGCCUUUCAUUCUGAUAGCAAGAAAUAUAAAAGAGUUCUUUGGGCCUUAAGAGACAAGAAACCUUUGGAAUUUGAUUUUCUACUGUCCUGGCAUCACACAGGUGCUGAUGGAUCAACAUUGAUGUCAUACUUUUCCAAACACCAAAUACAGGCUCAUCAGCCAAAAAUAACAUUCAGCACAUUAAGAAAUUUGCAAUGUCCAGUGCUGGAUAGCAAUGAACUGCAAGGAAAGCCAGAAGAAUCAUGCAGUGCACAGGAACUAUUUGAAUGGCUAGGUGCUGUCUUCAGUAAUGUUGAAUUAGACAACAAGUCAUUUAGUUUUGUAUCAACUUAUUGCUGCCCUGAGCCCAGCACUAUGAUGGACCAAGCUUAUUUGUGCACAAUCACUGGGUUCAUACUUCCAGAGAAGAUAAUUCAGUUACUGGAUCAGCUCUGUUCUUAUUUUGAUGAACCCAAACUGGCCCAAUGGGUGACCUUAACUGUGCAUGGUUUUGCAGACAGCCCUGUUUCCUGGAGAGAAAAUGAACAUGGUUUCCAAAAGGGAGGAGAGAACUUGUACAAUUUUGUUGUUUUUAGGAGCUUGGACUACUGGCUUCAAAUGGCUGUUGGAGCCAAUGAUGAUUGUCCACCUUAACAUUCUGCCCACAGGAAAAUUUUGAUCCAAAAAAGAGUGUAAUGAUGUCUGAUAAGAUAUGCUUAUAUGAUGAUCAUUCAACCGCUUAACUCUUGAAAGGACAUGUAUAUAUCUGUUUAUUAUUUACCAUUUCUUAAAGAUCAUCUACAAAAGAAGACAAGGACCUUUGCUUCUUUAUAAUGAAUGAAGCUUUCUGAAAGGCUUUCAAAUUAAAAGAAAGAAAACAAACAAUCCCUCCUGCUUGUUGCUUUACAAUGGAAAUUUGAGUUUUGUCCAACGAGGGAGAGUCUUAGGUAGUUAGUGAACUUAGUAGGAUUAUGACGUGACAGAUACCAAGAUAGUAAAGCCUGCCUGAGAGAAAAGUGAUUUUUAUAUUGAUGGUUUUUAAAUUAUUUCCGUUUACCUAUUUUAACUAAAAUACUUGGAGCUGAAUCCUUAAAGAGCUUUGCACCCAUCUCUGUAUUGUAAGAUCCAUAAAAAGCUCCCAGGUUUCAUCUUGAGACAUCCAGCUUGUCUAGUGACAGAAACAGAAAAGCAGACUUAUUUUUUUAAAAAGCAGGGAGAUCUCUUAUACACACAGCAGAGUAGAGCAGAAGCCACAGACUCACUAUAUCUGUUGAGGAAGGGAGGGAGGAGAGCAAUCCUUGUCAUUUAGCAUCAAU